UUCAAUCGAGGUUAGUAUGGUGAUGGAAAUGAAGCAACACAGACGUGCCUCCAAUAUCUUCUUCAUCGUCACACCGUUAUCCAUUUCAUUCUUAAGUAAAGGAAAUAAAGUUUCAGAGGAGAAUAUUUGAAACUUGUGUGUGGCCGAAGCAUGAAGAGUUUGAUAAUGAAGCAGGGCUUGUGACUUAUCAGUGAAUGCAGUGACAUAUUUGUGAACAUGGUGUAAGGAGCUUGUCUCAAAGAGGAUUAUCCACUUUCUCUCGGUGUGGACGUAGUUUGUUGAAUUGAGUACCAGUCCCAAGCCAGGGUGGCUUUGUGAUCAUCAGCACGGUUUGUUAGACAGGAUUUCAUACUUUCAUGACAACUUAUCGUCAAACUCUCUCAAAGUAAGAGCAUUAUCUUCCGACAAGGAUCCGAGAUUGAUGUAAUGUUGUUUCACACACACUGACAGUCAUUCAGUCUUAUUCUGCUUCUCCUGUGUCUGUAUUACAAUAAGGCAAUUUAGAUCGACCGCCGUGUGUAAAGCGUCAGAUGAUAAUUUAUUUUACACUUCUCUGUCGUUUGGUAAUUCCUCAUUUUCAGGCUGUUGAGCGAGGAGGCUGUUUUAGCGAUCAAGCAUUGAGGGCCUUUACCCCACCUGUCAACAGCCAGAGAAUACGGAGUGAUGUCUCCAACAGACACGGGAAAUAGGAAUCAAUUGUGUGAACUCGAUCUGGUCUAUGAGCGUAGAAAGAUGGACACUAAUUUGUAUAAUAUUGGAGAGUAGGGACAAAUGUUUUAACAGACUUCAUGUACUUUUGAUUGGAAUCUCAACAAUGCAACGUUGAGAGGGAAACAUUCUGAUUGUGAUGCCAUUGAGAAACACCUGGAUAUAAACUCAAGGAGACAUCAAAGGCAUCCAUCUCAGUUUUAGACUCUUCCCAUCAGAAAAUUGUUACUACAGUUCCGUGAUCCACCGUAGACAUGUUUGUACAUCGAUUAUUCGUACAAAAUUGAUUUUAUUUUUGAAUGUUUAUAUAAUAUUUACAACGAAAAUUAGUCAAACCUUGUCAGCUAGCAGCUCCGCCCUUAGUUGGAUCGUUAUAAUCAAAGUGAAAUCUGACGAGCAAUACAUCCGAAGAAUAGGUUUAUCAAUCAAUAGAAAUGUUAUUGCGUUGUCUUGAAAGUUAAGAAGUUGACAUACCUGUCUUCCAUGAACCUGAGCCAAGCAAUCAUUCCAUGAAAGGGUUUGUUUUGAUAGAAGACCAUCUGUGUAAGUUGUCUAUCACAAACGCUUUUCAUCUCACUGACUGACUUCACGUACGUCUGGCGCUCUCUCGAGCCCACCCUGCUUUGUUUAGAAAACACGUCUUUGAUUUACAAACAACCAAAGAAAACUUUGUCUUCUACCUACGGACGCAUGUGAUGACAAGUUUUGUUUAUGCGCGUGUGUCUUGUUUGGUAAAAUGUUUUAGCAUCCAUCUUUUAGUAGAUAGAUGUCACUUCACGACUGUCGCAUAAUGCAGGACAGCACGAUUGAGACCACGAACUAAUACUAAGCCAAUCUCUCGUGCAAUUUUCUCGUGAAAUGGGAAUCUUAGUACGUGCAUGAACUCUUCACAAAUGAUUUAUUUCGUCAGGAUUGAAUGAUCCCCACGGCUUUACCGUGCUUCGGAAUAAAUGCUACUUCCAUUUAAGAUAAUAUGUAUAAAACUGAUCGUUUAUUUCAUCUCACUCGCGUUUUAAAUCGGAUGUCACAUAAUUGCGUUCUGCAACUUUCUGGAGGAAAUUGACUCAGGAGGUUAUGAAACUUUGUAAAUCUAUUCGAUUUGGACUUUUGUACUACCUUUCUUUUCACUAUGGAUAAUAUGGUUGGUGUGGGAAUGCGUCAGGUAUCGGGACACUGUCAGACUGUCAUGCCGGGAGUACGGGCCCAGCGGGAAGUCGCAUCCACGUGGAAACACGCUUUACUACUCGUCCUUGUUAUGGCAGGCACCGUGUAUAGUGCAAUGGCACAAACUGAGUGUUCCCCUGAGGAACAUCGUAUUCUGGACAGUCCAUUUCGAAGCGUGGAGUAUGCAGCAUCAGCUAUGACAACUAAACUAUGCGAUAAAUCCAUCGAGAGAGGGUGGUACAGAUUCACCAUUUAUGGAAAAUCAGCGGAAUUACCAACCGAGUGUGUCCAGGUAAACCAGUGUGGGACGGAAGCCCCGAUCUGGUUGGACACCAAGGGUGACAGUCUUCCACCCCCAGGAGAGAGUGCCCGGCAUGCUGCUUGUGUUUCCUGGACACCAUCUACUACCCAGGCUUGUUGCUUCUUCAGCUUUCCUGUCACAGUCACAAACUGUGGUGACUUCUUUGUGUAUCUCCUACAGCCUGCUAGAGGGUGUAACAUGGCUUAUUGCGCAAAAGAGGCUCGAAGAAAAUGCGGUCCAGGAGAAAUUUCACCCGAUGGUUUCGAGCCAUGUAGAGAGAGUUUCCCGGCAAUCCUUGGUCUACCUGAGAUCACCCCAACUCACUUCGAAGACGUGGUCGAACUACGAUGCUCCUUCAGAGGUCUAGAGUCACGUCAGGGGUCAACCAAAGGUUAUACGGUCACCUGGUUUAAGGCUGGACCGGAAGAGAUGUACCAACAGCUGUCUAAAAAUGACACCAUCGAAAAUUUUGCCUCCCUGGAACUCCGUAAACAUUUCUCCUUAGGUGAUAAGGUUAUAUGUACCGUGCAAGCAUUUUUCAAUGCUACCAGACAGCUUAAAAGCCCACCAAUAGAAAGUGAUCCAUUUCAUAUCACAAUAUCGGUAUCUCCGAGAAGAUUGGAGAUAGCGGAAGAUGGACAGCGCCAUCUAGUAGCCUUUGAGAGUACUGUACCUAUCCAUUGUGAGGAUCCUCAGCAAAGCUGCUCUGUUCUCAUACCACUUUCUACAAUUAGUAAUGAUGCAACGGUCGGAUACGACAUAGCUCUUUCGGAAUGCUUCGUAGAACUUCGGCCUAGAUCGUGUGGUAUAUCGGAAGCCCGAUGUCGCCAAGCAUUCAUGUUCGUUACUGCAGUAACAGACUUCCAACAUGAUGGACGAACAGCCAAUGAGAUCAUUACCGGUAACGUGGUUAGUUCGGAUCCGUUCUGGAGAGGCUUCAAUCCUGAUGACCUAGAGGUGAUUGUGAAUGAUAUACCCACGGCCCAGUGCUACUCUUUCACAGACCCACACUUUAUUACAUUCGAUAGAAAGAAAUAUGACUACUACAAAACGGGAACGUUUGUUCUCUACAAGAGUCUUAGUCGAGAGUUCGAGGUGCAUACCCGUAUCUGGAACUGUGGAGGUAUCUCAGAACAGGUGUCUUGCAACUGUGGCUUCGUUGCUAAGGAAGAUAAUGACGUCAUAUCAGUGGACAUGUGCGAUGGUAACGUGUUGGAAACCAGGGCGGAAGUAAGGGUCAGGAGCCCCCAGCCUCUUACUGAUGGGGUCAAAAUCAAGCAGGCCAAAAACGGAACCAAAAUUACCGUUGAGUUUUCAUCAGGGGCCUUCAUUCGAGCUGAUAUCUCGGACUGGGGUAUGAGUAUUACCGUUCAAGCGCCCUCUCUUGACUUCAAUCGAACAGUUGGUCUCUGCGGAACAUUUGAUGGCAACCCAGAGAAUGAGUUUCAUGACAAACAAGGCAGAAACCUGGCCUUAGCUAUGCGCUAUGGGCAGGCAAACGAGUUCGUUGAGUUAUGGAGAUUGCGUGAUGGAGGUAUGUUCAACAUGAUUCCUCUACCGGUGCCAUACCAACUACGUCUUCCAGCCUGCUCAUGUUUAUCACCUAUCGUUCCGUCCAGUAGUGACUUGUAUCCAAUCCAGAGCAUUGGGUGCUUGGGAGGCACCUCCUGUAGAACACGAUGCACCCGAUUCGAAGACGUGCAUAGGAGAGAAUUAGUACAGUCCAGUGACGUCACAUCCAUGUAUUCAAACAUUGUGUCAAAUAACCCUUUCGGUAGGAGGCGAAAGAGAAGUGCCUCAAGAGACAAAGUGACUGAUAGGACUAAGCGUCAGUCUAAUAGUGAAAGCUCACUGGAUCCGACAUCCCUGCUAGAUUUCUUUAAUCUCUUUGAUCUAGACAUACCUGUAGGUUUGAUUGAGCAGACGGGGUCUGUAGGACCUAGUAUUCAGAACAUUUACUUCUUUCUACCUGAUCACAAGACGAGUGAUCUUAGACCACUCAAGGCAACAUGGCCGACACCCAGUGGUAUAUCUCUGGAGCAAGCGCGCGAGUUCUGCUUCCAGACCGUGGGAAACACCACUCUCGCUAGCGCAUGUGGCGAAAGCGGCUUAUGGACGAACAUGUAUAUUGAUGAUGCUGUUGAGAUGUGCCUUAGCGAUGUGCAGUUGACUGAAGACUUGACCUGGGCAUCACAGACAUUGCCUUUGGUAGAGAACCAAUGCGAGGCUGCAUAUGUGUCCAAUAGAACGUUAUGGAGACCUGAUCAUAGUGCUGGGAAUGAGUUAGGAGAGGUGGUGCCACCGGAAGGGGUCUUGAGGGCGCUAAACUGUCCUAAUGAAUGCAAUGGACAUGGGGUGUGCACGAAACAGGGCUGUAUAUGUGAAGACAAGUACGAGCCACCAGACUGCAGUUGGAAAGAUGAUGCUAUUCCAUACAUUGUGAGACUAGAGAACAAUGGUUUAUGUGACAGAGAGACUCAGCGAUGUGACAUGGUCAGGAUUACAGCUAGAGAAUACCGAGAAGGCAAGACUGUCACGUGUCUCUUCUCGCUAUCCAAGGACGGAUUAAACGAUGUGUCUUCAGUGAUUUACGCUCAGUCUAUCGCUAUAAGAAUCAACAGAAAAACUGUACUAUGCAAUGUACCAACUAUAGAGGGAGCUGCUAAUGAAGAUGGUACAAUGCGAUGGGAGGUUCAGGUGAUGUAUUCUGAUUCGUCUCCUAGCAACACAAUGACCUUGAUACAUUACGAUUCUAAAUGUCACGUGUGUACUUGGACUGGAGCUUGUACAACAAAGGAGAACGCAUGUGUGAUUGAAAGUCGCUGUUAUUCUGCCGGUCAGCAUAAUGAGAGAGAUUCUUGUCAGCAGUGUCGGCCAUUGGUCAGUCGGCAUGAAUGGUCAAUAUCAGAAGACAAUGUGCCUCCAGUUCUAGGUGUUGAUACUCAGUUUACCACUGUGACUGGGCGUGCCUUCACUCAUCAACUAGAUGCUAUAGAUCCUGAUAGUACCACAGGAGGAGGAGUAGAGUUCUCAGUACAAAGUCUGGUCCCAAACGAUCUUUACCAUGUCAACAUCUCGAGAUUCGGGCAUCUGUAUUGGUUGUCGAACGUAGAGGGCGACUACACGGUACCAGUGAGGUUGACGGACGAGUGUGAAUCUAGCGUCACAUUUGAGAUGGAGAUCACAGUAUUGGCCUGUCGGUGCCUAAAUGGCGGAGACUGUAUACUAGACUCACCAUCAGGUGUUUUGACGAAUAAUCUUCCAUAUUCAUGUUCAUGUCCAUCACCUUACACGGGAGAGUUCUGUGAUAUUAAUAUGGCGCCUGGGAUAGGAAGCUGUGAGUCUAAUCCCUGUAUGCACGGCCAGUGUCGAGACAACAUGUUCGGGUUCACAUGUGAAUGUGAGAAUGGCUAUACAGGUUUGACUUGUUCUAUCAUGAAGAAUGUUUGUGAUAACAGCCCCUGUUUUGAAGGUGUUGCAUGUACAGUACGAGGACUGGGGUCGUUUUCAUGCGGGAAUUGCCCAGAAGGUUACUAUGGAGAUGGCAUCGUUUGCAAAGCAUCAAAGUGCAAAGUUACCUGUCCUAAGAACAUGGUGUGCGACCCCAACGUUGGAUGUGUGUGUAAGGAGGGCUAUCAUGGUUAUGCAUGCUUCAGACCCGUAUGUAACCCUCCAUGUCUAAAUAAUGGUCGAUGUGUUCAGCCUGACACAUGUGCCUGCCCAGCUGGCUACACAGGCCAAUAUUGUCAACGAGGGCAAUGUGAUCCUGCCUGUCUAAACAAUGGUCGGUGUAUGUCUCACAAUCGAUGUCAUUGCUGGCCGGGAUUUACAGGACCAAGAUGUGAAAUUAUGUCAUGUCGUCUAAACUGUAUGAAUGGAGGUUACUGUGUGACACCUGAUCGGUGUAUCUGUAGAGAUGGAUAUACUGGACCAACUUGCCAAACACCUGUUUGUUCACCGAUGUGCCGUAACGGAGGCAGAUGUGUGCGACCAGGAUUAUGUGUGUGUCCACGAGGUUUCCAGGGACAGUACUGUCAAAGAGCAAUGUGUACUCUACCGUGCCGUAAUGGUGGGACCUGUGUGCGUAAGGAUAUGUGCUCCUGCCCUAAGGGAUACACGGGUAGAAGGUGUGAACGAGCUAUUUGUGAACCACGAUGUCAAAAUGGCGGACGAUGUGUAUCCCCUGGUCGAUGUUCAUGUCCAUCUGGAUAUAGAGGGAGAAAAUGUCAUAAAGCUAUUUGUCCGUCUGGAUGUCGGAAUGGUGGAGAGUGUGUUCAACCUAAUGUCUGUAUGUGUAAACCUGGACACACGGGGUCAAGUUGUGAAACCUCUGUCUGCCAUAAGCCUUGUAUGUAUGGCGGCAAAUGCAUCAAACCUGAUACAUGUUUAUGUAGAAGGGGGUACAGAGGGGACCAAUGUGAAAACAACAGGUUACUACAUAGAAGAUAUAGGAGAGAUGAAGAAGAUCUUUUAUGAUUACCAUGGAAACGAUUAGGAUUCCAUUAUUGUUCAGCCAAAGCCAUUCAUCUUUUGCAAUGUAUUAUUAAUUGUGUAUAGUGCACUAAUUUUAUAUUUAUAUUUCAAAGAAUGUUUUUCUCUACUAAGCCUUUUCAAUUAAUCCAAGUAAUCCAUAAGUUAUUGUUUCUACUGGGCUUAUUGACAUGUACAGUACAUGAAGGGAAAUGAUGGCUAUAUUUAUUGUCUUAUACUAGGAUUUUAUGUGCAUGAAUGCAAGAAAAAGGCUUAUUUUGUGAGGUCUUUCGACUCAAAAGUUAAAUUUAGUUAAGACUGAUGCUUUAUAUGUUAUAUUGAAGAAAAGCCGACGUGAUCUAAGACAUAAUAUAAUUAAACAAUUAGUACUGAGUACGAUGGUAUACCUUCUUAUUUUUAAGAAUUUGUAUUGGAGCUUUUGAACAAAAAGUAAAAUACAUUAUCCAAAGAUCACAUUUAUGGAGAACAGUAUAACAGCGAUCUUAACAAAAAGACGAGCAAAACAAUAGUUAGGGAUUAUGAUUACAAUCGUUUUAACUAUAUUUAACAAUAUUUCCGAUAACAUUAGGGAAGCCAUCCUUUAAUUGUUACUUACUUUGACAAAUGUCUUCAUGCAUGAAAUAUCAAUAUUUCGUUGUAUUGUUGCAUUAGUUAGAGAUGUACAAUGCUUCCUUGCUUUCUGUGAAUGGUUUAGAAUUGUCCAUAUUUUGUAUUUUUUAUAGUUAUUGUAAAUAAAGUCAAUAUUGCGGAUAUCUGAUUUCCAGUACUAAAUUCCUAUUACUUUACACAAAUGUUCUUUUCGCACAAUUCAUUAAUUAACAACUUUUAACACUUUUUGUUAAGUCACAAUGUUAACAUAAUUUGUUUAAUUACAGUACAUUAUGAUUUCAGAUUUUUGCAAAUGUAGAUUUAUUUUCAUCUACCUUUGAUUUCAUUAAGUAUAAUUUUAUUCAAAAGAAUUUUCUUCCCAAAGCUCAAACAAAAAUGCUGCGGUAACCAUGUCAAAUUUACCGCUUUCCAUAGUUUAUAUGACUAUUUGAUGUCGUAUGGCAGUAUUCAAUUGUUGAUAUAUGUUUUUAUAUAAGGAUAAUGUACUGGUACUACACUUUCAUAUAAGAAUGAUUCUGCCCACGUCUGAAUUCAUUCUCAUCAGCCUUUUGUUUGUGGGCCUUUAAUCUCCAAUUAAUAUAAAGUGGAUUAAAUGAAUGGUUUAAAAUUUGAAGAAGAUAAUAUUCAUGUUUAGGGUAUGUUACUCGCUAAUUCAAUACAGGUAAGAAAUAUAACAACUCAUAAUGCAACCGGAUCAUAGCCGCAGACAAAGUGAAGUUUUGGGGGAAAUACGCUUCACGUGUAUGUCAUACCCUAUUAGAAAAUGUUUGAAAAGGUCAAUUAGUGGGUGUUUUGUCAUAAUUCAUUUAUUGAAGCUUAUCUGAUUUCGGAUUAGAGUAGAAAAAGGUCAUACAUCGAUUGAGAUAAGUAUAAUCAUCGUUGAAUCGACACCCACUUCAAAUUUAUAAUGAAUGCAGAUUAAAAAAGAAGUUUAUAAUAGAUGAAACGUUAGUAGAUGAAUGAUAGAUCAACCAGUAGUGUGCAGUCUCCAUUCAUUUUAUAAUGAGACCUCACUUGCAUCUUGUCGACAUUUGACCCAAUUCAAUCCUUCAAGAUUAAGUGUGUGCCGUCUUUUAAAACUUAUAUUGUAUUUAAAUAUUGUUUUAGUGUUGUAUAAAGCUUAUUACAGUAAAGGACGUCGUUGUUCUUUCACGGUUUUUUUAUCUUUCUUUUUCAAGGUGAAAGUAGCAUGCGAAGGUAAAAUUAAUGACUUAAUGUGUAGGUAGAAGCAAAUUGUUGGUGUCUUUCGUACGAUUUGUUAAUUUAUAACACUUCUUAUUCCAAGUGUUAACUAUAUAUAUUUAAAUGUGUAUCAUGCCAAAAUGAGUAUUAAAUGUAAACUUUAACUGACAUCUAUUGACAUUCAUUGUAUUGAUGAAGAACUAUUAAUAAGCUUAUAUAGACGAGAGCCUUUGUAGAAACGUAUUUAACGUCUUUCAUAUUUUGAUAGCCUCCCUAAAGCCUCGGUCACAAAUGCCAU